AUGGAGCGUUUGUCUACCGCCUUCGAACUACCCCGCGACGUUUGGUUAGCCAUAGCCAUUAAAGUCGUGACGAACUCCAUUGUGGACCUGUGCAGGUUCCGUAUGACGUGUUGCGUUGCGCGUGAUGUAGGCGACGGGGAUACUGUGCUCAGGAUGGUUGCCAUACCACCCCCGCAUGAGAUGAAUUGGUUGUGGAUACGGGACCCUGUAGGGCGAAGAUUUUUUGAGAGGUGCAUUGAGAUUGGUCACCCGGAGCUUCUGUUUCGGGAGGCGCUGCGGGAGCUCUACAUACGACGUAACCACGCCAUCGGAUGGGAAAUGCUGCAGAAUGCAGCAAGCAAUGGGGUGGACGCUGCCAAGUACGUGACAAACCCCAAUUUGACGUACGCACUUUCAAUGGAGUUGCUCAUCCGAAUGGACGACUGCGAGGCCAAAAAAGAAGGUUUGGAACUAUUUUGCACGCUCGAAGCGGGUGACUUACUCCCCGCAUGUUACUCGAGUUGCUUCGUGGUCCUCAUAAUUUCUUGGCCGGAUGAAGUCCAUAUGCCGAAAAGGGGAGAAGAACAUACGGUCUGUGACUCGACCAGAUGCAUGACCCGAGGCCAUAUGGGUCUUCUCUAUGACUACCGCCGGAGGGCGGCAGAGCGGGGCUCCGUCUACGGUGUCGGAGGCGCCGACCAUAUUCGGUACAUUCGCUGUCGCGCCGACUACGAGGUGGAACGAUACGUAGACAUUCCUAGGGUUUAG